CGAGCCCAAUUUUACCCCACAGCGCGUCUCCCCCAAUCGUCUCGCACGUACGGUCUCAGGCGCCUCGGCCUCGCCGCUGCACAGACGCUGGAGACGACGGCGGCGGCGAGAUGACGGUGUUCCACUUCCUCAACUGCGCCUUCCUCACCUUCGGUCCCCACGUCGUCUACUACUCUGCCACCCCCCUGUCAGAGUAUGAUACAAUCGGCACUUCUGUAAAAGCGGCUGUUGUUUAUCUUGGAACUGCACUUGUAAAGCUUGUUUGCUUAGCAACAUUGCUCAAAGUACCUGAGAAUGAUAGCUUUGAUCCCUAUCAGGAGUUAAUGAAAGUUUUUAUUGGGUUCAUUGAUGUAGCUGGACUAUAUUUUGCUCUGACACAGUUGACUCACAGAAACAUCUCUCAGAAUCAUAAGUUCCAGGCUGUUGGUCUUGGUUGGGCUUUUGCUGAUUCGGUUCUGCACCGACUGGCACCUCUGUGGAUUGGGGCAAGAGGGCUUGAAUUUACGUGGGAGUUCAUAUUUCAAGGAAUUGAAGCAAAUGCUAAUCUUGUGAUGACCCUCUCCCUUGCUGCAUUGGGAUCAUUGAUGUGGCUUAGGAAGAACAAGCCUAGGACUUUGGUUCCAAUAAUUUAUGCAUGUGCUCUGCUCUUGGCAACAAUGCCAUCUAUCACAAGUUACUUGAGAAGAUCACUGGAGUGGCAGACACCAAAGGUGGUUGGCUUCGAGCUAUUCUCCUCGCUUGUUAUGGCUUUCAUCAGCUGGCAGCUGUUCUCGGCUUGUCAGAGACCGUUGUAGUGAGUCGACGAUAGCAGUCUCAGUUUUACCUACAGUUUGACGCUCUUGAAGGUGCCUCCUGAUGUAUGUCAAGAAUUAGGAUGAUCCUUGAGCCCUUCCGCUACAAAGCUUUCUUCGUCUUUGAUUAUAGAACAUUUUACUUAGAAUCAUCUGUUGUGAGUUGCAGAGCAGAAAUCCAUGCCUCAAAUGAGUGGUUAUGUAACAGAUGCUAUUCAAGGCAUUUGAGCGGAAAGAGUUUUCUUUUUAAUCUUGCUGUGCAUUUCAUAUCCUAUGUUUGAGUCGCAUCAUCUAGCGUAUAGAUCGUAUAAUUCAGUUAUCUUAUCA